AUGGAACCGACAACUGAAGACAUACGGCCAAUCCAUCGUAUUAAAUUUAUUAUCAUCGUUUGUUUACAAGUUUUAGCUGGUAUUCUCUCGUUUUUCGUUUUUAUUUUCUUUCUAACAAAUCCCAAUCAUCUACGAAAAAUUCAAAAUCAAGCCCUGCUAGUUUUGCUCUUGAUUAACUUUGUUCAACUAUCAGUGAACAUGCCGAUGGUCACUCAUUUCCUUCAUUCGGGUUACAUUAGUCCAGCCACAGGUGCAUACUGUAAGUUUUGGAUGUAUGUCGAAUCGACUCUGGAUGCUUCGAACGCUUUCACUGUUGCCAUUAUGUCUAUUCAGCGGCAUACUCUUAUUUUUCAUCCGAGUGUGUUUCGUCUACGUACAAAACGGUGUAUUUAUUAUUAUUUUCCACUUCUCCUUGGCAUCGUUUACCCAAUGAUAUUUUAUCUAGUCACAGUUAUAUUCUAUCCGUGUGAUGAUAAACAGUGGGAUUUCAGGUUAAAUAUGUGUGGCGACACUAUCUGUUAUCUCUCCAAUGACCUGAUUCUUGCAACGUUUGAUUGGAUCGUAAACACUGGUUUACCUAUAGUUGUGAUUAUCCUAGCUAAUGUGACACUAAUCAUUCGAGUAAUCCAACAAAAGUUACGUCGUCGACAAACUGUCUCGUGGGCAAAGCAGAGACGAAUGACGUUGCAGCUAUUAAGUAUCGCUUGUCUUUAUCUGCUAGCAUGGUUACCCAGCAUAACGACCGGCAUAAUGCAGCAAAUAGAUGCAUCCGAUUAUGUUUAUGAAAUCCAAGAAGAUUAUAUUUCAGAUUUAACAUAUUUCAUAUGUCUUCUUCUUCCGUCAAUGUGUCUUGGAUUACUGCCUGACUUUACAAAAUGGAUGUGGAAAGUAUUUCGGCGUUCUUUGAAAUUACUGAAUACACAUGGAACUGGGAUCGGAUAG